AUGCAUUUUUCAAAGAUCCUCCUCAUUUCCGCUGGAGCCAUAACUACAGGCCUAGCACAAGGAUUCAUGGUUCCUACCCCAUGGUCUGUUCAAAAAAUCAAUAUUGGAAACAUCAGACACGGAACCGGUGGUUUUUGGUCAUUCAACUUAAUCGACACACCAACCCCCGCUCCUCAAGGUCUGAAUGUAACAUGCAGUUAUAACUCUCGAACCACUUAUAGAUUUGCAAUCGAUGGAGCUCCAAUUGAACAACCAUGCAGUGGUAAUCCCAACGUUACAUUCAGUCUUUACCCUGCCGGCGAUCAUUUUACCUUCAAUAUCACACACUUGUAUGGAAAUUGCGGAACUGCCGAUAGUCCAUCCCCUUGCAACGACAAUGGAACGUGGCGAUUCAGUCGGGAUGACGUGCUCGGACAAGAGUUUGAUGUCCAAAACAACUUCGGACAAUCCGGAAGUUUUAACAGAGACUCCAUUUCCAUGUAUCCAAAGCGGGCGAUACUGAGUCUGAAAUGCGAGUUCUGUUGA